CUACACGCCUGAAGUUUACCAACACCACUGCACUGGCCUAAGUGUGUUGCGGUAACUGUCGAUUAGCGGUAUUUUGCCCUCGUCCACGAACGUCCUCGAUAUACUUUAAUAUUGGCAGUUCUGCGGUUAUGGGCCCGAUGUUAAUUCAACUGAAGCCCUAAACGCGUGUGCUUCUGGAAUGCUCACCAACGCCUCAUUAUAAGCGUCGUACGACUGCGGAGCCGCCGUUUCCGUUGCACAACAACUCUGAUGACCUUUUCCCUAGAGCUCUUCUUCCCCUGAACGCAUCGCAAUAUAUGACUUCAACUGCAACAACAGCACAUGACCUUAGUUCAUUUUAUUACGUGCAAAUUGCUGUCGCUGCCGUCGUCUUGUAUGAUCACUCGUUGACCUUCGGUCGUGAGAUAGAUUAUAUAUGGCGGAGGCCGCCUUCAUUUGUGGCCGCCUUAUAUCUAUUGGACCGUUACUUGGGCGAUUCCGUUGUAAUCAUUGGGGUAUAUUUGUGCCUCACAGAGGAUGCAUCAACACAAGUGAGCUUUCGGCUUUUCCAGGUCCGAGCGUGGGGUACUCUUCUGUGUUCAUGGCUUACUCAAUGCAUCAUGCAACUCCGAAUAUAUGCUAUGUACCGUCAAACUAGGUGGAUACUCAUGAUAUUGGUCUUUUCUUUUUUCAGCGAGGUCCUUGCUGUCGUUGUAAUCAUCUGGAGAACCAUCGGUCCAACAAGCCAAUUGGUUGUCACCGACAAGUCUUCAAUUUUUCCUGGGAAGCACCUGUGCACCUUCUCCGGGAUCAACACAAAUUUCACCUAUUUGUUUAUACCCGUCCUUUGCUUCGAGGUCUUACUCUUCUUCUUGGCCAUCAGAGUUUCUCUCAAUAAUAUGAGAGAGAGAAAGGCCACCCCUGGUCCCUCCAGCUUGCGCGUAAACUCAUUUAUGAGUAUCCUUGUGCGAGACAGCAUUUUGUAUUUCUUCAUAAACCUGGCGAUGUGCGCUAUCGUCAUGGGCCUGUGGCGGAAUGCCGCUGCCCUACACGCAACCAUAUCUAUCCCGUUCAUCAUGCUAGUCCAGACCAUAAUCGGCACUCGCAUGGUAAUCAACUUCAAGGAACACUGUUCUCGCCGGUUGAGCUCGGAACCAAUCAUGAUCACUGGGUCAAUAUACUUUGCAGGAGUCGUUGAAGAGACUGGGCGACAGGGUACGAUCCAUGACCAGUCGAACGAAAGUGACGAGGAGAUGCAGCCGGUCAAGAGUAAUGAAGAAAGUGCUGAGGUCAUCACUUAUGAGGAUAUUGAGGAGUUGUAACUUUUGAUUGCUGCGAUCCACAUACACGGAUCGAUUUCUAUAAUACAUGUUCAAAGUACCUAGCUCAUGCAGCGCGAUUUUGCACACGAGCCUGCAUAACAUGGUGUACCGUGUACACCCGCGCAGUUAGCAUGAGCAAUUAAGUAAGCAUUGGAACCAGGGAUCGCAUAGUUCCUAAUA